UUGAGGUCCUUUUACUUCACGUGUGCGUCUGCUGCUCUGCCAUCGUGAGAGGAAACCAUGCCGAAGUCAAAGAGAGACAAGAAAGUUUCGUUAACGAAAACAGCCAAGAAGGGACUGGAAUUAAAACAGAAACUAAUCGAGGAGUUACGGAAAUGUGUGGACACCUACAGAAACUUGUUCAUAUUCUCUGUGGAAAAUAUGAGGAAUAACAAACUGAAAGACAUCAGGACAGCAUGGAAACAUAGCAGGUUCUUCUUUGGCAAAAAUAAAGUCAUGGUGAUCGCCUUGGGUAAAGGAGAAACAGAUGAAUACAAAGAUAAUUUGCACAAGGUAAGAAUAAAUCUAGGCAUGGGGGGUGGAUGGAAAAUGAUUAAGAUAAAUGAUGAACUAUUGUUAAAUUACUUUUUGAUGCUCUGCAGGUCACCAAAUAAAACAAAGGAUGAAGUACAAGAGUACUUCAGUCAUUUCAAAGAGGUGGAUUAUGCGAGGGCGGGCAACCAGGCACAGAUGGACGUAACUCUGGAUGAGGGACCCCUGGAACAGUUUACUCACUCAAUGGAGCCCCAGCUGAGGCAAUUAGGACUCCCCACCGCACUCAAGAAAGGUGUUGUGACACUGCUCAAGGACCAUGAAGUCUGUAAGGAGGGAGACAUGCUAACUCCUGAGCAGGCUCGUAUUCUGAAACUCUUUGGCAUCGAGAUGGCAGAAUUCAAGGUGCAGAUCAAAUGUAUGUGGAACUCAGAAACGGGCGAGUUUGGGAACAUUGCUGGAGAAGAAGAGUCCAUGGAGGAUAAUGAGGAAGAUGAUGAUGAUGAUGAUGGUGCAGAAUGAAACGUGUACAAGGCAGCUUGUAAACAUCUUUGCCAACCUUCAACAGCAGAGGGACAUAGAAACCAUUCAUCUUGACCGCCAGUGCUGACCCGGGAGUUUUAGUAAUCUCCUUUUUCUGGCCAUUUGAUCAUCCCAAAACAUGAACUUCUGUCCAUCUUGAAUUUUAGCUUUGGAUUGAAUGUUUUCAGUAAAAACAGGAGCUUUGAGUCAAGAGACUUCAUGAUGUAUUUUGUGUAAUAACAAAUAUAGUGGAAAAAGUGCUAAACAU